AAAAUAAAAUAAUAAUACAAAAUGGGAAAAAAAAAUUAAAAACCAACCCUAGAAAGAGUCCUUCCAGAAACUCCUCCAAACUUUGGGGAGGUUGGCGUGGGUGUAAAUGCCCUUCCAUAGGUGCAGCUCCCCACGUCAAUCUGCCCCAGCCAAGGUCCAGCCCAUCCAGCUGCAGCUACUUUUAAUUUACUCGCCAAAUUACACCGGGCUGUAAGCAGUGCGGAAGGUAAGACAACACGCCAAUAACUGCGAAGCCCCCGUUCGUCCACCUCGCCCUCCGGCCCAUUUGGUGGGCUCUUCGCAACAAUUUAAUAUCUGGGAGCAGCCUGCCUGGCCGGGGAUGGGGGGGGGGGGGGUCCAAAGUAACCCAGCCCUGAGAGGACCUGGGAGCAGGGAAGAUGUGCCCAUGGCUACUAAUAUUUGCAACGCACCCCUGGGUCUCCAGAUCUGUCCAGCUGAGAGUGCCUCUGGCUGGGGGGCGUGUUAAGAGCUCAGCAGAAGGCGGAAAACAAAAAUAAAAUCAUAAUAAUAAGGCACACACAUCACCCCCCCACCCCCAGCAAUCACGUUUCUUUCCUACUUUCUUUAUUUUUCGCCUCUUUUUUUUAUUAUUAUUUAUUUAUUUUUAAUUCCAGAAACCCCCGGCCAAGCUCUGGGGAAAGGGGAGAGGGAGAAAAGGGAAACGAAAACAAACUGAAGUUCGCUUUUUUGGGGGGAAAACGCCUGCAAAUCUUCCCUGUGUGCGUGAGUCUUACAUGUGCAGCCGGCUGGCUCCAAGUGGGGCAGCCCUAGGUGGGAGCCAGGCUGCGCUCCCCAACAAGGUACAGAUGCUAAAUAAGAUGGUGCACACUUCCAGCGAUCUCCUUUUUGGUUAGAAACUUUAUUUUUUCCCCUAGUGACACUCAAGGGAAGCCUUAACGUUAUAGAAGAUGAAUACACGAGCUUUUUUUUUUCAGUUGUAGUCUCGUUUAUGGUUUUAUUGCUACCAUUGAUUACUUUGCUUUGUUACACAGAGGAAAAAGAGCAUAAAAUCCGUUGGCAUCCGGGUUCCUGUUAUAGCUGGGGAAAAAAUAUACACCACCACCCCCCCAACCCUUCUUUGUCAGCUAAAAUCUUUUAGGGAUACAUCGCUAAAAAAGAAAAAGGAAUGAAGUCUAUUGACUGAGGGCAAGACAAACAAAUCCCCUCAGUUUUGAAUUGGAGCGUGCGCCCACAAACCUUCCUCUCCCCAGCCCCCCGCACCCUCACAUUUGAAAUAAAAACGUGGACACGAUGGAGGUUUAAGAAAAAAAAAAACCCCAACCCCACACGGAGAAGGCCAGGGUUUCCCUGCCAUAAUUGAAUUUUUAAAUAGCAAGCCACCAGAAUGAUAAAGAUACCUCGCAAUAUUUACAGAUCAGCAGGUAUGUUUUACAUUUAAGGGGCAAUUUAUGGCUCUAGAUUGAAAUUAAAAUUAGAUUAGCUGUCUUCAUUUCAAUUAGUUCUAGGUGCAAUCUACCCAGAGAAGGCAGAAUAUAAUCCCCCCUUUCAUCUAACUAAAUAUUUGCAAUAGAAGUUUCCCAAUCAGUUGGAAAUAUCUGCAACUAUAAAUUGCUGCAAACACAAACACGAGGUUGCGUCCCCAGCCCAGGCUCCUCUUUGCAAAUAAAAAUCCUUUUCCUUGGCUUUUUUUCUUUUUUUUUCCCUUUUUUUUUUUUUUUUAAACUGUUCUUAUAGUUGUGGUAGAAAAUGUAAAUAUCCUCCAGCACUGAAAAUUAGCAGGGAAACGUUUGAGGGGAGAAAUGUCAAACUAGAGGAGAAAUCUAACUUCCAGGCUAACGUGAGUUCGCAAUGUUGGGUGUUGCUUUUCUGGUUGUCUCUCUCUCUUUUCCCCCCCCCCCCCCCUCCCCAGGACAUACUUUGCGAAGGCUCCGAAACACGUUAUCAAUUCAGAAGUCGCCAUGUUUUCCCCCCUCUCUUUAUGUAAUAUUUUCUCAUCAGGAACACAACCAUUUGAUUCCAUAAUAUUGACCAAUGCUACAGGAGAACAAGAAGGGGAAAAAAAAAAAAACAGAAAAAAAAAAAAAAGAGGAGGGUAAUUUAUGGCUUAAUAUUCUGUGGACAUCUGAGAUUUAUUACUGUGAAUUCUGAGCUAUUUUAUUACAAGAUAUUAAGCAAACAUUUCUUUAAAAAAACACACACACAACAAAACACACCAACCACCCAAACCAAACACAAGCGACACCCCGCACCCCCCCUCCCCCGCUUCCAAACCUCAGUGGCCAUGAGCAGAAAAGGGGGGCGGGGGGGGUGAGGGGGGGGAAAGGAAAAGUUAAGCCUGGCUUAAGAAAUUUGGGCCCCCCCCCCCCCCUCCCGCCUCCCUCCAGCCCAGCCGCCUCCCCAGGCAGGACCCCCAGCCCUGCCUGCAGCAGCGCUCCCCUCCCCACCGCAUCCUCCCCAUCCCCCGGCAGCCCGGGGGUGCUGGGGGGGUUUUGGGGGUGCAGGACUUACUUUCCAUGCCCACUUAGUUUCAACUAGGGAAUCAACAGAAGCAAAAGCAAUUUUUUCCCUUUUUGACACCCGCCUCCCCAUUGGCUCCCCCCGGGUCAGCUGACUUUGUCAUUUUGUCUGUCCUGGAGCAGAGCCUUCCCUAUAACAAUCUAGUUCAGACUACAAACUGGAGACAGAAAUAAAUAUUAAAGAAAUCACACAGCCAGGUAUAGAGGACGAUAUGAAUUCCUAUUUUACAAACCCAUCUUUAUCCUGCCAUCUAACCAGUGGCCAAGAGGUGCUUCCCAACGUAGCCCUCAAUUCAACUGCCUAUGACCCUGUCAGGCAUUUUUCUACUUAUGGAGCAGCCGUUGCUCAAAACCGGAUUUAUUCUUCUCCUUUUUAUUCACCGCAAGAUAAUGUUGUGUUUAGCUCCAGCCGAGGACCUUAUGACUAUGGAUCUAAUGCUUUUUACCAAGAAAAAGACAUGCUUUCUAGCUGCAGGCAAAAUUCUAUGGGACAUAAUACACAGACAUCAAUCGCACAGGAUUUUACCAGUGACCAAAACAGGAACACUUCGCAAGAACAAAAAACUAGCAUUCAAAUAUACCCAUGGAUGCAGCGUAUGAACUCCCACAGUGGAGUGGGCUACGGGGCCGACCGCCGGCGGGGCCGCCAGAUUUAUUCCCGUUAUCAAACCUUGGAGCUGGAGAAGGAAUUUCACUUCAACCGGUACCUGACCCGGCGGAGGCGGAUCGAAAUCGCCAACGCUCUUUGCCUGACGGAACGGCAGAUUAAAAUCUGGUUCCAAAAUCGAAGGAUGAAAUGGAAAAAAGAAAGUAAUUUGAGUUCAACCCUCUCCGGGGCGGGGGGGGGGGGAGCCGCCGCCGCCGCCGACAGCUUGGCCAAGGAGGAGAAGCGAGAAGAGACAGAGGAGGAGAAGCAGAAGGAGUGAAAAAGUGACAGCUCGGCGGCAGGACCCCCCCCCGACCCCCACCCUCCCACCCC